GUUGGAAGUGAAUCAAAGUGGCCGGCUUGAAACGAAUGCUCACAUGACUGCUGUUGAGGAGCUGAUGAAUCAUUUUCCGUUCCAGCGUGCACCGAUCCGCCCGAUCCCGGGAAGCUCCGCCACCGUGUUGCACCGAAAGCACAUCGUGAGUGGGAGAAGCAACAAGACGCAAAGCACGGGGCUGUCCGGUAGUUCUCCGGGGCAGGAGGGCGGUGUAGAAGCAGGCGAGACCUCUGUCGUGACGAGCUCUCGCUCGGACCGCGAAAGCGAGACGUCGGCGCUUUUGCAAAGAAACAGAAAAAACGGUGAGAGUCCUCCUGGCUGCACAGUAGAUGAACAAGCGAACGAGGUGGAUGUAUCUUCAUCCCAUCAAAAAAUC